UAAAUAUUUUAAUUUAAUCAUGACAACCUAUUGUACUAAUGGUAAAAGAGAACCGUGGAUUUUUUUCCUAUUAUCAAUGAUGAUUUCUGCGUCGAUUUCGUCAGUUUGUGAAUAUCAUGGAGACAUGUGUUCACUUGAUCCAAAUGCUUGCUUCAAACCAUCCAUGGUUUCAUACGAAAUGAAGAAAUGUGAUGACUACACUCUGUGUUAUGGCCCUGGAGAAAUAUAUGAUUCAAGAGGUGAUAUCGAAUUCUGGAUCAAAAUCGUCCAUGACAGAGAAGCGUAUGCUGAAAAUAUGAGCUAUCGAAUUAUGUCAUAUUUCCAAACUCCAGAAAACAAUUUAUCUUCAAUAAACGGCUGUUGUUCCUUGUCUCUCAAUGAUACUUGUACGUUGCCAGCUUUAAAAAACAGAGGAGAAACUCAAUUUGCAAUCAUUCCAAUGCGAGACGGAAGUUAUUGCCAGUAUCAUUUCUAUGAGUCUCCUGGUUCAAUUGAAUGGUGCACGAUUGAAGACUCCGAUAGAACAAUAUGUAAAGAAUUUGUGAACGGAACAUUAAUUCUAAGGAGCGUAUAUAUCGCCUUAACGCUUGAUUUAUAUUCUCCGAUUGCAGAUUACUGCUUCUUUCAAGUUCCUUCCACGCAUUACGACGCUAAUCACACAGAAACAUAUGACAAUGGACUGACGAGAUCCAUAAAGAAUGUUACUAUGCUUACAGAAGAAAAGAAGGUCAAAGUGAACUACAGUGUAGUAGAUUGUGAUCACAACUCAGUUUACAGCAAACAGGGUGUUGAUGUACAUCAAGUUUUCAGUAGAUACAAGAGAUCUGUGGACGUGAUACCUUGUGUUAUAUCUCGCACAAGAAAUGAUGAAAGAUGGGACAAGUCACCUACGUGUGCAAUACCAACAACUGAAAAUAUCGGCCAACGAACUUGGGUUGCAAUUGUCACCGUUGUUUGCCUUGGGAUUAUAGUUCUUCUAGUCCUUAUUUCGCUUCUAUGGAUUUACAAAAAUCAUGUCAAAACUUUCUUCCCUGACUACAACGAUACUAUCAAGGAGAUACCGGAUUUCCAUAAAGUGGUGCUUCAAGAAAAUACAGAAGAAGGGCAGAGUUUUAUAUUGGAUGAUGAAUACGCUAAUAAUAUGUCAAAGACUAGAACUGAAAGGCCGGAUGAAAUUUUCUGCAUAGGUGAUCAAAAAUCUGCUGGAGUUGCUCCGUUAAAAAAGGAUCCAGAAAAUCUUGAGAUUUCAUAUCUAUUAAAAGAGGAGAAUGUUAACAACAAACGGGAACGAAAAGUAGAGAAAAUUUCAGAAACAGAGAACGAAAACCCAUGCAAAAACAAAGAUGACCAAGAAUCCUCAUUGGAAUUGGAAAAUACUAUUUGUAACAACCCAGAAUAUACUCACAAGCAGAAACCUGAAAAUUUUAAACUCAUUAGUGAAAACGCUCUUUUUGUACGCGAGGCUGUAAGCCCUGGUCCAGAUUCGGGGUUUUCACAGACUUCCUUUACUGGUACCGCGAAUUAUUUGCCACGCACUGAUAACAAAAUCAACAACCCAGAUUCACUUAUAUUUGAUUAUGAAACAGACCUGCCCGGAGUAGAAACGAACGACGGCUACAUGGACAAAUCUGCAAACGGAGCAUUCGCUCCUAAAUAUCCAGUUGAUAUCGAAUUGAAACCCGACCAAUUUUUGUAUGCCCGAAAAGCGCGAAAGUUGUCUUCCAGUUCAGGAUGCGGCAGUGCAGACGAAGAAACAUUCCAAGACAAUACCCGUGUUAUUUGCAACGCAAAUAUUGAUGUUAUUUCCACUAAAGAUCAUAAAAAGUUUCCUAACUAUAUAAAGCAAUAUUCCCCAAGUGACGGAGCCACUGUAGAAGGCAAUGGUCCUUUUAUUUUAACUGUAUCAGAUGGGUAUACACCAAAAAUAUGAUUUAGAGUACAAAGUUAAGAAGAGAACAAUUUAUUCCUGUUUAUGAAUUUUAUUAACUAUUUGACUGAUUUGAGUGUUUCGUGUAGUUAUCACUAACAAGGCCAUAAAUUGGGCACGCGUAUUUAAUUCAUUAAUUUCUUUAAAUAAAAAACUCCCGCCUGUACUUUGGGCCGGGUUUACUAGCAUCGCCAGCUUAGCGUUACGCUUGUAGGUUUUGGUGAGCCGACACUUUGAAUUAGAACCUCUUGAGACCGGGAGUCGACGCUGCAAGGUGUCCAGAAACAUGACAUAUAAAGUACAAAAUCAUGAUUGAAUUAGGUUGUUAUUGCUUGUCCAUAAAGCGAUAUAAAUGCUCCCCUACCGAAAUGACAGUUUGUGUACGGUUCUCGAAACAGCUUCCUAAAUGAUACCAGCUCUUGCCAAAUAUAAAUCUACUAUAUUGUACCCACUAUUCGAUGGCUUAUUCUCAGUAGUUGGUAACUCCGCGACCACCAGGUUUCUCUUUCGAACAGAGCGAGAGCGAGAACUGUUAAUCAGAUAAGUGUAAUCCCUCGCAUCGGUUACGCUUCGCUAAUUUUCUGAUAAUCUUAGGAAACAUGUUGUUUUUGUACAGCUGUGUUGUCGAAGUGGACCGAUGUUAAGCUUUAGGACAAGUUUGCUUUAAGUAGAAUUGUCAAAUCAGGUAUAGUGAUUAAGCACAAAACAGGUAAUAUCGCGAAUUCACAGCGCUGAACUUCUUACUGAGAACGACACUUCUUAAAUCUUCGGUGAGAGCGUUAUUUAGUCGCCGUCUGUUAACAAUAUCUCAAGUUAUUUUACGUGCAUCACGAAAGAUAUAAAUAUAUAUAUUAUUCAUCAUUUCAAAGAUUCAGAUAGUAUGUUCUUUCGUGUAUGCUUACAAAAAUGAGCCGUCUUUUUGAAUUUGUGCACAGCUUACGUUACGCUAUCGUAACGUACACGUACGAAUCCAUUGGAGUUGUGGGAUUUAACUGCGGUCUAGCAAACUUAUCAUAACGACAGGCUAUGAGAAAAGACGGAAAAUUGACAGAUAUGUUGCGUUCGGAGGCGCAAAAGAAUUCAAACUUUUUGCGUAGGCGGUCUUUAAAAAUUUCUUCUGACAAAAAGAAACGAUACGCACGAGUGAGAUACGGUUGAAAAUCCUAAAUUUCCCGUAGACGAGGGUGUGCCCUAUUCCAUAGAAAGGGAUAUCGUAGAGUAUACGUUUGUUUACCUUAUUGCACAAUUAUUCGAUACUCAUGCGUUUACUUGUGAGUUGGGAGCCAUGAUUACCUUACUAACACGAUUACCAUACUAUAACUAUUUUGUAUCGUUUUAUUUGUAUUGUUUGCUGUUUGUUUACGUAAAACGGGCAAAUGAAUACAAAGUUACAAUAAAAUGUUUUUUGUCAGCAAAUUUCAUGCAUAUUAAUGCUUGGAUUUCAGCAUUUAUUGUUGUAAUUUCGAUAUAUAUAUAUUCGACAUGUUAAUUUUUCAGCUUUAGCUUUCAAACACGAUCUCUAAUUUUACAACCGCCUACUAUUGAAAAUGCAUCUAAGAUAUUUGUUUCUAUUUUAUAUUAUUGCAUCCGGGAAGUAAUUAAUUCCUGCAAAUUAUGAAAGUCCUUUCAGAAAUGUGAGAUUUAUGAACGAACCACUUCCCACUUCGCCUAUUAUUACAGCUACUCCUAUUGUUAUUGCUUAUAAAACGAGAUACAAUAAUUGGUAGUUGCUCCAUUCAAAGAGAAAUAAAGUUGUAAUAUAAGAAAAGCGUAUGGUUACGAUAUAAUAUUUCCCAAUAUUACAGCUGUUUUUUAUUUGUUAGAAAAUAUAUCCCCGAGUGUGAUCA